AUGUCGUGGGCCGUGUCCCUGCGUAUGCUGCACAUGUGGUGCGCGGUGCUUGCGUGCACGCUUGUGCUUGUUCGUGCAGAGUACUGGACCAAAGAAGAUCUAGAGGUGCACAUUCAGCGGCUUGAGCGCGAGCGGACGGAGCUGCAGGGGUACUUUACGCACAACAAGACCGAGCAGGGCAAUUGGACGAUUCAGCAGGACAAAGAUGCGAUGCUAUCCACGUCACUAGAGCGCAUGUAUGCUGUAUCUUCUGAGCCUGCGACAUACUAUCGCAAUAUUUCCAGUUUCUUCCACGGGAAUUGGACUGGGCACGACCGCACGCGGAAAGAUGCGCCGUGGGCGGACCGCGGCGAUCUUGCGUGGACUGGCAACAAGACGCGGAUGGAGAUCCAGCUAAACACAAAUCCAAUUGAAGGAAGUGUGAAUACUUCGUGGCUCACCGGUAAUCUUGUACUUACGAGCACGUCGAACGACUCGGAUACCACAGUCAUGGCCGACGUGACGCUUGCAGGCGUUCUUUCGCAGGCCAAAGGCCAUGCAUACUUGAUUGGGCUCCCUGAUGCGGGCGCAGAAAAUAUGGACACGCGUGCCCUGUUUUCCAUGAUUCCCCAUGCAGAUGCGACGUUGAAGAACGAUACGUACACUGCCGUGCUCAACGACAUUACCGGGCGGAUCGGCCGCGUGCAGCGACUUGUGGGUAAGAGCGUCCCAAUGUCUACACCGAUGCCAGAAGGGCAUGCCGUGACGAAUUGCACGAUGCAUUUUUACGGGCAACUUAUGCCCGUCGGGCCAGUGACGGAAAAGGCAGCAAUGGACGCGCUGGAAGCGGAGCUUCAGCAUCCUACGGGAAUCGCAAUGCCCAGCGCGCCGCCGCUCCGUAUGCAAUUGGUCGGUUACUCGCCUCGGUGUGAUCUGGUUGUGGACACGCCUAUGCUCGAUGGAAUUGGCAUUGGUGUAUUCUGGGCCCAGACGCGGUGGUACGCUAUUGGCCUGCUCGCCAUCUUGCUUGUCCAACUUUCCAUAAUGGCCAGGACUACAGAUCGCGCAUCCACGCCCAGUGCACUGGCCAAACUGUCGGGGCCUACAUUUUUCAUCCUGACCAUGUACGACGCGCACGUCUGUCUGGGCCAUCUCAUCAUUGCGAGCUCGCUGCAAGACACUGUUGCGCUACCAAUGUACGCGAUUGCAUUUCUCUCUGGCAUCUUGUUUCUUGUGUUUGAAUACAAGAUGGUUGUCGAUAUUUUUCGUACGCAGAUGCAAGCAAGGCCUCCGCCUCCGCCCCCGCCUCCACCGCCAGUGGACCAGCGUAUGGACACUCAGAUAUCAGAAGACACAGACGAGUAUCCAUGGCACCGCAACGUGUAUGACUUGGGCGUCAGUCUUCUCGACUCGCUCCGUGAAAUUCCACGUGUGUCCGUCUCUUUGAUCUUCACUGCGAUCGUCUUUUUCAUCUCGACCGUGAUGCCCGUGCUGAUCAUCUACAUGCUAAUUCCACUUCUCUUUUCCUUCUGGAUCCCACAAAUUGCCCACAACAUCCGCUGGCGGACCACAGGUCUUAGCGCGCGUGCAGUGAUUGGCAUGUCACUUACGCGCGUUUAUAUCCCAUUGUACAUGUUCCAAACGCGACACAAUUUGCUCUUCCUUGAGCCUUCGCGUAUUGUAUGGAUCCCGCUUGCAUGGCUUGUGCUGCAAAUGCUGGUGUUGCUUGGACAGGACGCAUUUGGACCGCUCUUUUUCCUACCAAGAGACUGCAUCCACUCGGAAAAGGUGUGGAGCUGGCACCCAAGCUGCGAAGAACUCGCCGCCUUGCUGCAACAAGACGGCGACAUGGAGUCGAAUACCCACAUGCUGCACCUUGGCGACUGCCCCAUUUGCCUCAUGCCAAACGAAUGGGACGCUGCAGAGGCCGACACCAGUGCUUCUUCCAGCGAUGCCAAACACGCGCACUUGUUCCACGACGAAUAUACCCAGCAUGAUGACACGCAUGAGACCCGCGUUUGCGUCUGGCCUUCAGCACUAUUAUCGCGCGCGGCCCGCCGAUGGGAAGGUACAAAACACGCCAAGCCAAAUGUCAUGGUCACGCCGUGCCGCCACAUUUUCCACACGGCCUGUUUGGAGCCGUGGCUCGAAAUACGCAACAUUUGCCCAAGCUGUCGCUUGCCUUUGCCGCCGUAUACUCCAUAG